AUGGCAAGCGAUUACGAUCCUGGGAUGGCAACAUACAGAUGGCCAACAAGAGAUAUUAUCUACAUCGCCGUCGUUGGACCGUUCAUGCUCGCAGCGGCAUUGGAAUGGGUACUAUGGCUAGCAGCAUUUCUUUACUGCCUUUUCAAAGUGUAUCAAAAAGCAGAUCAUUGGAGCAUCAAAGUCCUCGCUGUGAUCAUGACAUUUCUUUUCUCCGUGUUAAGGCUUGCUUUUCUUCCAGUCAUGGUAUUUACUUUACCACUUCCACCUCAAGCGACCCAGUAUUUCCCAGCCAAAGUAUCAAACUAUUUCCAAUGGUUCGCCUUCUGGUCCUUCUCCGUCCUGCUCAUCGGUCCCUGGCUUUUCUGCGUAUACAGAUUGGUUACCCACUCCCUCGGACGAUCAAAAAGAAUCAAGGAAGCGCUUGAUGAUAGGACAGCUCCAAAGACAGUGGUUGUGAUGCCCGUAUACAAAGAGGAUGCUGCGGUUUUAAUCAAAGCAAUUGACUCGGUUAUUGAUUGCGACUACCCGGCAUACUGUAUCCAUGUUUUCCUUUCUUGGGAUGGAGACACAGUAGAUGAGUCCUACCUUCAAGUUAUUCGACAUCUUGGUAUUCCCAUAUCCCUGAGGAUCUAUCCACAGAGCAUUGAUGUUUGUUACAAGGGCGCUCGGAUCACGGUCUCUCGUUUUAAACAUGGAGGCAAAAGACAUUGCCAGAAGCAAACUUUCAAGCUUGUCGACAAGGUAUACAAGGAGUAUCUGAAAACACAUGAUGAUCUUUUCGUGCUAUUCAUUGACUCUGACUGUAUUCUUGACCGGGUUUGCCUGCAAAAUUUCAUGUACGACAUGGAACUCAAGCCCGGUAGCAAGCGUAAUAUGCUGGCGAUGACGGGCAUUAUCACGUCCACCACGAACAGAAACACGCUUCUCACGAUCCUCCAAGACAUGGAGUACAUCCACGGCCAGCUUUUCGAGCGUUCGGUGGAGUCUGGAUGUGGUGCUGUGACCUGCCUCCCGGGUGCGUUGACAAUCUUGCGUUUUUCAGCAUUCCGCAAAAUGGCCAAAUACUACUUCGCCGAUAAGGCUGAGCAAUGCGACGAUCUCUUUGAUUUUGGAAAGUGCCAUCUCGGCGAAGAUCGCUGGCUCACUCACCUGUUCAUGAUUGGGGCGAAAGAGCCAUAUCAAAUCCAGAUGUGUACCGGUGCCUUUUGCAAAACCGAGGCUGUACAGACAUUCAGCAGUCUCUUGAAGCAAAGGCGCCGUUGGUUCUUAGGCUUCAUCACCAAUGAAGUAUGCAUGAUUACCGAUGUUAGGCUCUGGAAACGCUAUCCCCUCUUAUGCUUGGUUCGCUUCAUGCAAAACACCAUUCGAACCACAACUCUUCUCUUCUUCAUUAUGGUUAUUUCAUUAAUCACGACCUCCAAGCGGGUCGCUGAUCUGCCAGUUGGGUUCAUUGCGGUUUCGCUUGGGUUGAAUUACUUGCUGAUGUUUUAUUUUGGGCUUUGCCUCAAGCGCUACAAAGCAUGGUUGUAUCCACUCAUGUUCAUUCUUAAUCCUUUCUUCAACUGGGUUUACAUGAUGUAUGGAAUUUUCACCGCCGGACAGCGGACCUGGGGAGGACCGCGUGCUGAUGCCGCCGCCGCCGAUGAUGAAACCACACCCGGCGAAGCAGUCGAGAUAGCCAAGGAACAAGGAGACGAAUUCAAUGUGAAUUUUGAUACUUUCCGCAAUGGUCUUGUACGACGGCGCUCUGUGCCGGUUCGUCCAUCAAGUCAAGUUGAGGGGCGCUUUGCACCUGCUGAGCAGUUGCUCGAUGGUUUCUACGUGAACACUCACGCGGUCAAUCCUGCGAUGACUCGACAACCAGAUGUAUUGCCGAGUCUUCCCCAGUUUAAGCCCCCUCGGGCCUUUAGAGACUCAAUGGAGUCGGUAUUUUCAGGGUCUUCUGCUGGUGGUUCAAACACAGUAUUGACACCUCACAAUGUCGAGAACCUAAUGAACGAAGAAGAUCAACGUAAGUUUCACUAUGCUCAUCAAGCGCAGGCAUCAAACAGUGUGUCAAUCAUGGAAGGGUCAGAGAAAGAUAUCGGUCCAAACUAUGGCGAGAGUUGGCCCACUCACCCAGAGCCUGUCCUUGAAAUCCCCGGCAGCUUCAACGCACCUACUCUCCAUGAUGUCCAUCCUUAUUCUGAGCGGCAGUGGAGGUCGGAUACAGCCUAUUCAUCUGACCCCCAUGAUAAUGUGGAGCUUCAACGACCAACAUGGCGGGUACAAUAUCCGAGACAUCACCGUGCCUUUCAAACACCUGGUGGGAUAGUCUAA